AUGUUUGGUCGCCGCGUCUUUGCGAGCGCCGGUGUGCCGCGCCACGUGUGGGCCUCCCUGCACAUCCAGAGCACGCGCCAGGCCCAGCGGAUCCUGCCGUCCCUCGCGCCGCUUGCAGCGCUUCAGCGGAACGGCACCGCGUCAGCGUCCUCUCUGGCGUGCAACGCACUCAUGCAGAGCAACGCGUUCGCUGACAUUCUGCUUAACGAAGAUGGGCCACUGCCGGAAGGAGUCGGUGUGUUGCCGCUGCUAGCGACGAUACUCUCCCAACCCCACAAUUUUUUGUCGCCAUGUAUGUUAGAGAAGGCGUUCAGGUGCGGAAUGCUAGACGGGUCCCUGACACGCCAUGAAGAGGCGAGGGCGCAGUGA